AUGAGUCUGGCGGUGGAGUACAAAUUCGAAGGUGUUGAGAGAGGAUCAGAGUCUGAUAAGUUCGAUUCAGGCGGAAUCGGAGGCGUGAGUGAAUAUUCGGCGCUGGAGAUUGUCAGCGGAGCCGACGAUUCGAUGUGUAAUAAGGAGAACGAGUGCGUUACGGUGGCGAAAUCGAUGUUGAGUGCUGCUGAGAUUAGUGUUGGAGCGAAUUUCGUGAAGCCGUCAGCUUCUGCGAGGUUUAGUCACCGGAGAAAUUUGAAAGCGGUUGAGCUUAACAUUUCAUCCAGCUAUGGCCAGCGGAAGCCCGAAGACGAGAUGAUCCAACUCAUCCACCACGCCAUCAACUCCGGCGUCACAUUUCUCGACGCCUACGGUCCCCACACCAACGAAAUUCUUAUUGGAAAGUUGAUUGAUCUUGUUUGUUGAUUUUCCGCCGAGUAUUAAUGUUAGAACACUUUUGAGAAGAGCUAAUUCAAGUGAAGAUGUAAUUGUGUAGUUAUGCACUGUGAUUGUGACAAUCUUCAUGAUUAUUGAGCUUAAUUUCGUUGAGGUU